AUCGUUUAGAAUGCACUUGGAUGAACCGCUUGGCAUUCUUCCCCCUUCUCCUUCCAUAUAUGCUGGUUAUUUUCAGUCUGCACUUUGACUGAAAAGGCAGAGGAGAACUCACUGGAGAUCCUCUGUGUGAUCGGUUGGUGGUUGUGGUUGAAUCGAGACUCAUUAGCGCGGAAUUGACGGAGGAGUAAUGCGAUCAGCACAGGUAGUCCCCGUCCGACCGCGGGACUCACCGGCACUCCAACUUCGGCAUUAGAGGCUGGAGUGUGCCAGAGAAAGCGAGAGUACGUGUGAGAGCGGAGUCACGUCCCGAGCACUUGGUGAAUUCUGAAGAAAUCGGCCUCCGGUGGACGAAAGGGGAAAAGUAAACGAAGGUUGAACGAUCUUCUGAAACAUAUUGCCCCCUCCCAAACCAGAUGUUUCGGCGUCUUACGAGUCUUGUUUUCCGGAAAAGAGGAGGGUGGGAAAAGAGAAAUAGGAGCUAGCCCCGAGAUUGGGCCGGCAGGAGUGCGGCACACUGUUUUCUACGGACGAGGUGGGGUGGUGUUUGGCGGGUCAAGUUAAUAACUUUUUAAAAGAAAACUCUCAAAGACUUCACGCGAUUAAAUGGACUUUUCGGCGGUGCGGCUUCCUGUCAGUUGGUCGGCUGCUUAGUGAAAGAGACACGAUGACGGCCGGGAGACGAUCUCUGAUGGUGCUCUUCCUCUGUCAAGUUCUCUUUGGAGGUUCAGUAGGGCUCAUCCCCGAGAUCGGCCGCAAAAAGUUCGCUGAGCACCAAGCCAACUCGAAAGGGACGAGUCCACUUCAAGCCGAGGGCAUACUCCAGGAGUUCGAGCUGCGCCUGCUCAACAUGUUCGGUCUCCGGCGCCGCCCUCACCCCGGCAAGAAUCCGGUGAUCCCGCAGUACAUGGUGGAUCUGUACAAGCUGCACGCCGGUGAGGAGGCUCAGCAUCGCGACGGGAGAUCGGUCUUGUCCCACUUCCCCGAGAAACCAGCCAGCCGCGCCAACACAGUCAGGAGUUUCCACCACGAAGAACAAAUGGAGGAGUUGCCUGGAGCCAGAGAAGAAACAACGCGCCGCUUUUUCUUCAAUUUGAACUCUAUACCCAAGGUGGAGCUCAUCACCUCAGCAGAACUGCGGAUCUACCGUGAGCAGGUGCGAGAGGCCUGCCUGAACGCCAGUGGUGGUUACCAUCGCAUCAACGUUUAUGAGAUUCUCAAGUCCACGGCACCGUCUAGCCGUGAUCCAAUCAUACGGCUGCUAGACACAAAGCUAGUGCGCCACAACGUGAGCCGAUGGGAGAGCUUCGACGUCAGUCCUUCUGUAAUGAGGUGGACCGUACAGGGCCAGCCCAACCAUGGGUUUAUGGUGGAGGUCAUCCAUUUGGACCAGGAGUGCAAACAUUCGAAAGGACAUGUCAGGGUCAGUCGGUCUCUGCAUCAGGAUGAGGAAAGCUGGCCUCAGAUGAGACCUUUAUUGGUGACAUUUAGUCAUGAUGGCAAAGGACACACUCUUGAGAAGAGAGUGAGGCGCCAGGCCAAACACAAGCAGAAGAAGAGACUCAGGUCUAGCUGCAAGCGUCAUCCUUUAUAUGUGGAUUUCAGUGAUGUAGGAUGGAAUGACUGGAUAGUGGCACCUCCAGGAUACCAUGCUUUUUACUGCCAGGGAGAGUGCCCAUUUCCACUGGCAGACCACUUAAACUCAACAAACCAUGCUAUUGUUCAGACGUUGGUGAACUCUGUCAAUGCAAACAUUCCCAGGGCAUGCUGCGUCCCAACAGACCUUAGUCCCAUCUCAAUGCUUUAUCUUGAUGAACACGACAAAGUUGUAUUAAAGAAUUACCAGGAUAUGGUUGUAGAGGGUUGUGGAUGUCGUUAAAGCAGGAAAAUUUAUCAGAGAACAAAAAACCUUGACACUUUACUCUUUCCCAAUGAAGACACUAUUUAUAUAAAAAGAAUUAACAAAAUAGGAACAUCUAUUUUGAAAAUAUAUUUAUGUCUACUUAAAAAGAAAUUGGGAAAAUAAAUAUUUUAAUCAGAGAAUUGUUCCUUUUAAAUGAUGUUUAAUUGUAUUUCAGAUGUACAUGUUUAUAUGGGUUUAACCCCAACAUAUGAAGUAUAAUGGUCAAAUUCUUAUUUUGUAUUUAUUGCUAUUGUAACCACUUUUAGAAAAUAGCUAAUUUGUAUUUAUAUGUAAUCAAAGAUAAAUAUAGGGUUUGUACAUAAAUCGUCAAUCCACAUCUGUCUGGAGUAUAUAUGGUUGAAAGAAACCUUGCAGUGAAUCCUUUUUUCUCAGCUGGGGGCAGGCAAACUAAGAUUCUAAAAUGUUUCAGAACGUGUACCAACGUGAGUCCCAUCUUUUCAAAGUGUUUUCUGACAUGUGGCACAUUAAAAUUUUUGGCAUAGCAAUCUUGAAAAGCUUACCGAUAAUAAGAUGAAGGGUUUAGGGAUUGGAAUGCAUACAAAAGUAAUUGUAGCAAUGUCUAAAUAGCAAACAGUGUAAAAUAACACUGGGGUUGUUCCUUGUAGUUUACAGGUGGUUAAAUUAGAUAGAAGCCAGAGGCAAAAUGGACCCGUUAUUCAACUUCUAGUGAGAUCAAGCGUGAAUGCUUGGAAAAAAUCUUAAAGCCCACCUUUAGACAGAAGAAAAUCUACCAAUAGAAGGCUUCAAAAGCAAAUGUCAACCCGGUUCAGUGGUAAUGCGCAGGUCACUGAAGCAGUAACUCAUGAGUUCAAGUACCCGUUCAGGUUUUGUGUGAUUAGCUUGACUAUAUUUAAAGAGUCCUGCAAUGUUGGAGGUUCUGUCAUUCUGAUUUAGUCCUUAAGCUAAGGUCUACCAUCUUGGUGAAGAGUAUACAAUCUUCCUGUAACACCAUUUAUAAAAGGCCAGAGCAUUCUGUUGGCAUCCCACCCAACAUUUCUUACUCAACCAAAGCAGAUUAUUUGAUUAUUUGUUUCAGUGUAAAAUAUAUUCAUCUCUGCAACAGCAAUGCCAACAAUUCAACUGUAAUUUAAUGAGUAGGAGAUGCAGUGAGACAUCCCAAAAAACUUUUAAAGGCCGUGGAAUACAAAUGUAUUAGUAUGCAAUUGCUUGUAUAUAGAGCUCCUUUUUAGAAAUUCAUUUUCAUUGAAAGAUAUUUCAAACAUACUUUUAGAUUUAAUUCCCAUUUCCUCCUCUCAUGAAGAUGCUCCACUUUGCUCCCUGUAUGGGACCUAUUUACUUACCUAAUAUUUAUUGCUCCAUUUUAUUUAUGAUAUGUAAGACUUAAUAAACUCAUGACCACACUGCAACAAUUAAACAUCCCAAAUGAAGCAAAUGAAACUUCCGCAUUAAAAGUAUGAAACACAUUACUUGAUCAUAAAUUAGUUUUGUUAUUUAUACUGAGAAAAAGUGUAAAAUAGUUAUAACAUUUAUAUCUGGUAAUAGUUGAGGGUCAGUAGAUAUAAUUUAAAAAUAUUUUGGAUUUACACCUCUAGAAUUUCAUAAUCCUGAGAUCUGACCAUAUUUGCAACCGAUGGAAAACCUUAAAAUGUACCUGAGGUACACUGGAAAUGCACUUCCCAAGAAUUCAUUAAUAUUUACCAGGAAGGAAAACCAACAUGGAAAGCAGACGUAUUUCCGCAUGCCAUACUUUAGUAAUCCCCACCCUUGUCAUUCUUAUCAAAUUUAUCAAGCUCAUCAGAGAUUCAUAAAGAUAGCAAUUCCUUGAACCUAACAGCAGAAACACACAUGAAAAUAGUUCUGAUAUUUAUGAACCAUUAUAUUUUCAGAGAAUACAAUCUGUAUGAGUCACCAAGAAGGUUAACAUUACCUUUUGACCCUGUCACAAAAGUGAUUGCUUAUCUACACAAAAUAACCUCUUUGAGUGGAUGCAUUUAUCAGCUGCAUUGUUUACCAUGAACUUUAGUGCUUCCACAAUUUACCUUAAGCAUCUCUAAACACAGAUUAAACAAUUAAAUGUAACUCAGUACAAUGUCAGAUGUCCUUGUACAAAGCCUUCAGGUAAUUUAUAAUUUUGACUGCUUCACUUGCCAGCAAAUAUGUCUUCUUUCACAUGUUAACUGGGGGUAUAAUUUUGUAGCUUUACUGUGACGUGCUGAAUAUUUCAGCUUAUUCAUCUACAGCUCCGAAAAAGGCUCAUGAUGAAAUAGUCAGUGCUGUUCAACCAGCAAUUUUCUACACAUUCACAUAGUUGUGUACAGAACUUUACACUUGCUGGAUUUUGGAGGGCUGCUUGCGCCCAUCCCAAAUGGACUGGGAUAAACAUAUGUAAAUCAAUUCAGACUCUCAUACUUUGACCAACUUUUAGGAUGAUUGUUAGGGAACAGGAGGUCAAAUUUAUUCAUUGAAGUGCCCCAACUCAUGUGCAUUCUCCUGUGUUUUUUUAAGAAAGCUGUUUUCAAACUGGGUUAAUUUCUGUUCCAAUAAUCUUAGCUUCCCUUGGUAGGGGUCCAUGGCAUAAAAAAAAGUUGGGAAUCACUGUCCUAGACUAAUGAGUGUGAUGGAUAGAUUUUAGAGCAAGCUUACACUGCUUGAAUUAGGACUCUGUAGAGAGAGUUUUACUAAGACCUAGGAAAUUUCACUACCAUCCCAAAUUGGUUCCAAUAUACAGUAGAUUGCAGGGAACAAUGGUUUGAUUGGAUGGUUU